AGACAUUUGAUGGUACUGAUGUUGCAGAGAGUUGGGGAAAUGGAUGAAGGCAACCAGACAGGAGUCUCUGAAUUCCAGCUCCUGGGGAUCUCAGACAUUCCUGAGCAGCAGCAGGUCCUGUUCUGGAUGUUCCUGUCCAUGUAUCUGGUCACAGUGGUGGGAAAUGUGCUCAUCAUCCUGGCCAUUGGCUCUGACUCCCACCUGCACAGUCCCAUGUACUUCUUCCUGGCCAACCUCUCCUUCACCGAUCUAUUCUUUGUCACAAAUACAAUUCCCAAGAUGUUGGUUAAUCUUCAGUCCCAGAGCAAAGCCAUCUCCUAUGCAGGGUGCCUAACACAGCUCUACUUCUUGGUCUCCCUGGUGACACUGGACAACCUCAUCCUGGCCACAAUGGCAUACGACCGCUAUGUAGCCAUCUGCCGCCCCCUCCACUAUGUCACAGCCAUGAGCCCUGGGAUCUGUAUUUUACUCCUCAUCUUCUGUUGGGUACUUUCUGCCCUCUAUGGCCUCACCCUCACUCUCCUCAUGACCAGGGUGACAUUCUGUGCAUCCCGGAAGAUCCACUACAUUUUCUGUGAGAUGUAUGUUUUGCUGAGGCUGGCCUGUUCCAACACCCAGACCAUUCACAUAGUGUUGAUUACCACAGGCAUCUUUAUCUUCCUUACCCCUUUUGGGUUCAUGAUCAUGUCUUACAUCCGUAUUGUCAGAGCCAUCCUCCGAAUACCCUCAGCCUCUAGCAAGUACAAAGCCUUCUCCACCUGUGCUUCCCAUUUGGCUGUGGUCGCCCUCUUUUAUGGGACACUUUGUAUGGUAUAUCUGCAGCCCCUCCAAACCUACUCCAUGAAGGACUCAGUAGCCACAGUAAUGUAUGCUGUGGUGACCCCCAUGAUGAACCCUUUCAUCUACAGCCUGAGAAACAAGGACAUGCAUGGGGCUCUGGGAAGACUCCUCUCAGGGAAAGCCUUCCAGAGGUUGACGUGA